AUGGCGCACGCUGUCGCUGCCUCCUCUUUCACCGCGGCUCUGGCCCCGUCCUCCGGGUCCUUCGCCGCUGCCGUGCAGAGGAAGACCGUGACUUUGAGGACCGUCCCGUGCGCAGCGGUCAGGCGGUGCAAUAUCACCGCGAGCCUUUCCCCGAUUGAAAAGCAGGUGUCCGCGGAGGAGAUUCUUUCCAACGUUGACACUCAGAAGACCGUCGCUGCUUCCAUGGCCGGUUCCAUCUUCGCCCUCCUUUCCAACGUCGGCUCCGCCGCCGCUGUUCAGGAAAUCGCCUCGAUCGCUGACUCGGACAACCGCGCCGGCUCCCUUCUCAUUGUCCUCCUCCCUGCUCUCGGCUGGGUGCUUUUCAACAUCCUCAGGCCCGCCCUGAACCAGCUUGACAAGAUGAAGGGCAAGAAGGGCGUUGCUGCCGCUCUUGGCCUUGGUGCUGCUGGUCUCCUCGCUGCCCCCCACGCCGAGGCCGCUCAGCAAAUCGCGGAGCUCGCUGACUCCGAUAACCGCGCCGGAGCCCUGCUCAUUGUCCUCCUCCCCGCUCUCGGCUGGGUGCUCUUCAACAUCCUCAAGCCCGCUCAGAACCAGCUCAAGAAGAUGCAGGGCAAGAGCGUUGUUGGCGCGGUUGGCCUUGGUGCUGCUGGUAUGCUCCUCGCUCCCCACGCGGAGGCUGCUCAGCAAAUCGCGGAGCUCGCUGAUUCCGACAACCGCGCCGGAGCUCUUCUCAUCGUCCUCCUCCCCGCUCUCGGCUGGGUGCUCUUCAACAUCCUCAAGCCCGCUCAGAACCAGCUCAAGAAGAUGCAGGGCAAGAGCGUUGUUGGCGCGGUUGGCCUUGGUGCUGCUGGUAUGCUUCUCGCUCCCCACGCGGAGGCUGCCCAGCAAAUCGCGGAGCUCGCUGAUUCCGACAACCGCGCCGGAGCUCUUCUCAUCGUCCUCCUCCCCGCUCUCGGCUGGGUGCUCUUCAACAUCCUCAAGCCCGCUCAAAACCAGCUCAAGAAGAUGCAGGGCAAGAGCGUUGUUGGCGCAAUUGGCCUUGGUGCCGCUGCCCUGAACCAGCUGGAUAAGAUGAAGGGCAAGUAA